GCUGCCCUGGAAGCGGAUGCGCCGCGGAGGAGCGGGUGGCUUCUCACAGGCGCGGGCAGCGCGGCGGCGUCGCGAGGACCCCGCGCUGGGACAAGAGGCCACAACAGAAGAAUACACCUGAGCUGCUUACUCAAAAGACAAGGAACCACUGCAGAUCAGUAAAAAGUGCCGUGGUGGCCUCGCCUCCCCCUGCUGAUUUGGGGUUUGUGCGCUUGCCUCUUGCCGGCUUGCGCCAUCAUCCCCGCGGAGCAGCCACUCCUCUGCCCUUCCUGGAUCGAGAAGACCAGCCCCAGCGAUGGGGUGGAAGAGGUGGACCCUUCUCCUGGCCCUUCUCCUACGGAGGGCUUGGGGAGAAAAUGACCAGGAAAGGGGACCUGGAGGGAAAACUCGCCCGGCAACUUUUCCAGCAUUUUGGCCUCAGGAAAUAACCUCUCUCACUGUUGGAUCUGUCACCACCACCCGCAAGAGGGGGUUCCUCUGCUCCAGUUUGUGCCUGUAAAUGAGGACGUGGACCUCACCCUGACCUCUGAACCCGUGAGGAGCGCACCGCUGCUGAUGGGGCAGCUCCAAGAUCGUGACCACAUGGGGUGUGUAGAGCUUACAGACCCUUGGAACCAAACCGGUCUCCAGGUCAAGCGGCCCCUUCUCUGCACGGCGCCAGGAAAGCCCUGCUGCCCCUGCCAGACAGACACCUGCCUUGCUGAUGCGGGAAGCGCCCUCUCCGUUUAUCCGAUGUCAUUUUCCACUUCAAGCUCCUCGUGCACCCCUAACCAGACGCACUGGUGUGUGGACCCGUCUCUCCUCUCCCCGGGCACCCAGCCCAACACCUCGUGUACGCACUGGAAGGGAACCGCAGCCCCAUCCUGGAGGCUCACCUAUCAGACCCCAUCUGCCUUCAGUGACGACGAGGGGAUAGAGGAAAACUCAGAACUAGACAGGGGCCCGCUAGACGGAGGGCCCCUGUCCCCCGGGUGCAGUACUAAACCUAACUGGGGUUCCCUUUUACGUCGCUGGUUCAACUCCACCUCACCCCGCCAGGCCUGCACCCCCGCUGGAUAUCUGUUCCUCUGUGGUCCAGCGCACAACCGACUCCCCUUUGAAGGGAACCCGAAUUCCUCCUUCUCCUGGCCUCUCCAGGCUGCCGCCUAUCCCUGCUUAGACAACGUCCACUUCCGGGGAGAAUGCACCCUGGGGCGACUGGUCCCGAGAGGACUAGGUGCCACCGAACACAAUGCCACCUCUCAAAACAGACAUAAUUGGCCCCUCGGACUAAUCCUGGCAGGGGUUGGGGCGGCCCUGGGACUCGCCACCCUGGGAGGGUUUUGACUAUCACGAAACAACCUUAAGAAACCUCACACGGGCCAUAGACAGUCUGGCCUCAAAAACUAGUGAUGCCUUAAGGGGGCUCCAGGAGUCCCUGGUUUUCAUCUUCACCGGUGUCGUAGUUGACCCCGAUUUAUCUUAACCCUGAAUUAUCUUCUGGCUGAAGAAGGGGGUGUCUGUGCAAGUUAACAAAACUUGCUGUACAGACGUCAACAGCUCGAAGAAAAUUGAACUAGAUACUCAGGAAAUUUAUGAACAAACUAAAUGGUUACAUGGAAUUAGCAACCCCACCGCCCACUGUGGGGCUGGGUGAAAGGUUUCAGCCUGGUGUUACUUGGUUCCUGCCUCUCCUGCGCCCUCUAGUGGCCACAGUUCUUUUGUUACAAUUUAGAUCCUGCCUGUUUAAUCUUUCAGUUAGGUUUGUGUCUUUCAGCCUUCAGCAGUUCCAAGUGAGGCUCCUGGUGGCCCCAGGAUUUCAGCCCAUCCCAUGAAGGUGACCCAAGUCCCUCUAGGUGCUUGGAUCGCUCAGUGCGGACUUCUGCGCCUCCCGGGUAGGCUAGGGUCUGCAGCCCCUGUUCAGCAGGAAGUAGAUGCAGAAGAGACCUUUGGCCCCUUGACCCUUAGGAAUAAGGGGUGUAGACUGCCUCGGGGGGAAUGAGAUGGGCUGGGGCCUCGGGUCAUCAAGCAGGACGCUGGCACCUGGGCAACGCCUCCUUGAACAACAGGAAGCUGGCAGCUGUAACAGACCAAGAUGUGAAGCUUCCUUAAGCAACAGGAUGCUGAAGGCCAUAAAUCAGCCCCAAAGUGAUUAAACACAACCUCAGGCCUGUGCAGCAGGGGCAGUGCUGACCACUGUGUUGCCUUUUAGGUGGCGGUAGUGAGCAAGCCCUUUUGGAGGUGCCAGCGCAGAAAGCAGAGAUCUACACAUGAUCCCUGCAGAUGGCACAACCAAGGGGGACAGCCUAAGCAUGUCUCUGCCUGUCCUGCAGCUCCACCCCCCCCCGUCACCCCACCUAAGGACCAGUGAAGUGGGUGAGGUCACCUGGGUCUCGCUCCCUUGUGCUGCAGUGCAAGCCCCUGAUAAAGCCUGGUCUGAAAUGCUCAUCUGGCCUCUUGGCAGUUUCUCUUGAUUCAAGAGCCAAGGGCCCCCUUGGAACAUAAAUGGCAGCAAAGUGCUGGUGCUGAAAAGAUGAGGAAAGAAAGCACUCAAGAACUAUGGCCCCAGAGGCGGCUCGGUAGGAACAAGAUGAAAUAGUGCUCCUUCUUAAGGCAGUUCUGACCCCUUUGCUCCCAGGAAAGUCUGGGCUGUGACUAAGUCAGUGUAGAUUUCCAUUUUCAGGACGACAGUGUGGGUAAGACGGCUGGACCCUGGUAGGGGUUACCGUCCUGUCUGUUGUGAUUGCUGUCUUGUGACUUGGGUGCUGUGUGAAAGGAAGCAUCCAGCCACUCAGCCGUAUGUGUGCAGCCUGUACACGCAGGCACAUUAAAUUUUUACUUAAUCAUAACAGUUAUACUAAGGAUAUGGUUUGAAGGGCUUAAGAGGAGACAGGAGAAUGGCAUUUAGGAGACAGCAUGACUGCAAGCUUCUUGUGCUGACAGGUCGUUGGCAGAACAGGACAGCAGUGUCAACUGAGAAGAAGCAUCUGGAGGUGGAGGCCCACAUGACAGGGGCAGGUUAGUCACAGACUUGCCAAAGGAUGGCCUGACUGCUGGUCUGCAGGGACUUCUCCAUACUCCCCCCGCCCCCCGGUUCCUGCCAUCGUCCCCUUAGGAAUGCACCUGUUGGGCUUAUUCAGGAGUGUGACUUACAGUCAGCAGGCCUGGAGAGGGAAGAUAAAUGUGAAAGCCUUGCCAGUAAUAUAGUAGGGUGUCAACCCCCACCCUUCCCCACCCCUGCCAAAAGACACACACACACACACACACAUACACACUUCAAAACCCUCCCGGCAGAGAUGCCUCCUGCUUGACGCGCAGGGACACUUUAGGAAAGAAAGGCUGCAGAAACCAUGUAAUGCCAGGAUGACAAUGAAAGGUGUCAUUUAUUGAACACCUACGAGGUACUAAGUGAUUUUUUUUUUUUUUUUUUUUUUUUUUUUUUUACAUUCAAGUCUAGGCUGUUAUCCCCAUUUUUCAAAUAAAGAUACUAAUUCUGAUGGUGAAACCUGUGUAAGGUCAGACUACGAGAAAGGGCCCAGGGGUGGAGACCCACCUCCAGGUAUCUGAACAGGAGAGUGGAAAGCAGAUGCAGAUAAAGGGAGAAGAAAUCUGCAAGUGUUGAGCGGCAAAGAGGCUCUUUCGUGAGUCCGGCUUGUCGCCUUUCCUCUUUUUGGAGGGAAUCAGUGACUGCUGAGGACUAGCUUUGGACAAGGGGAAGAGAAGGGAGCCUUAAUAUGUCUGUGGGGCCCAGCCCUCUCGACCAAAGGCAGCAAGGUUGAGGAGAAGCAUAUUCAGAAAGAACCUGAGUUCCCAUCGUGGCUCGGCUGUAACAAACCCAACUAGCAUCCAUGAGAAUGUUUUGAUCCCAGGCCUCGCUCAGUGGGUUAAGUAUCUGGUGGUGCUGUGAGCUGUGGUGUAGGUCGCAGAGGGGGCUCAGAUCCCGCGUGGCUGUGGUGUAGGCUGGCAGCUACAGCUCCAUUAGACCCCUAGCCUGGAACCUCCAUAUGCCGUGGCUGCAGCCCUGAAAAGACAAAAAUAAAAAGAAAGAGAAGGAAAAUGGCUAGAAGCUCGGGCCAAAUAUCUGCUCAGAGGAUAUCUGCUCUUUGAGUAUCACUUGGAGCCAGUUUCCUGCAUCAGUCACAUGGACAUUUGUCAGGCAGCUGUGGAAUAACCAUGACCUUUUGCUGUGUCACCAGUGCUCUUAUUUUCCAGUGACCCCUCCUCUCCAGAUUAGGCCCCCAUAGUGAUGCUAAGCCGGCUACCCUGUGACUGCUACGGCGGGGGUUGUAUUCAGUCUGAGAGCAACUUGACCUUGACCAACAUAAGUGAUGCAUUUAUGGACAGACCAUUUCUCGGAAGUACCGAGCCGGGCACCUUGGGGACACAGAAAUGGAUAAGAUAAGUUCCCACCCUAGAGCAACUCAGUCCAGUAGGAUAAACUGUUGAAAGCACAGUUUAGAACAUGUCAAGUGAUUGCAGUCACUUGGUGGUAAAAUGUGAAGAAUGCAGAGCGUGCUGCCUAUAAAUAGAUACUUUUACUGUGUGUGGAUACACCUAAAAUUCCACCAUAAGAGAUUUCUAUGAAGUAAAGAGAUCCUAUCAGAGUGUAAAUUCCCACAAGUAAUUAAGGACGGCUAGAAGAUUGAAACACCAGUGCCGUCGUGGCUCAGGGAAUGAACCUGACUAGCAUCCAUGAGGUUGCAGGUUCGAUCCCUGGCCCCGCUCGGUGGGUUAAGGAUCCGGCAUUGCCAUGAGCUGUGGUGUAGGUCACAGACGCAGCUCAGAUCUGGCGUGGCUGUGGCUGUGGCUGUGGUGUAGGCUGGCAGCAACAGCUCCGAUUCGACCCCCUAGCUUGGGAACCUCCCUGUAUGCCUUUGGCAGCCCUAAAAAGACAAGAAAGGAAGAGAGGGAGGAGGAAGGAAAGAGAGAGAUAGAAAGGAAGGACAGAAGGAAGGAGGGAAAAAAAGAAAGAAUCUAACUAUCUGGAGACAGUGUAGAGCCUCUUCUCUCAUCCUCUCUGUAACUACCCAAGAUGGCUUAUGUCAUUUAGAUUUUUUUUUUUUUUUUUUUGCUUUUUAGGGCUGCAUCUAUGACAUAUGGAGGCUCCCAGGCUAGGGAUCUAAUCGGAGCUGCAGCUGCCGGCCUACCCACAGCCACAGCAACGCCAGAUCCUUAACCCACAGAGCAAGGCCAGGAAUCAAACCCUCAUUCUCAUGGUUACUAGUUGGGUUCAUUACUGCUGAGCCACGAUGGGAACUCCCUGUUUGUUUGUUUUUUAAUUGUUGUAUAAUGGUUGAUUUACAAUGUUCUGUCAAUUUCUGCUGUACAGUAGAGUGACCCAGUUGUAUACACAUCUAUAUGUCUAUACAUUCUUUUUCUCGUGAUA